AUGUCUGGGACCUCGACGUACAACCCCGCUGCCAAACACUUCAUCAAUGAUCCCAAUCAUUUGGUCCUCACAGCUCUGAGAUCAAUCACUCUUGCCAACCCUUCGGUUGCCCUGGAUGCAGAGAACAAGAUCGUCUUCCGCCGUGGAGAUGCUGGUCACUACAAGGCUUCUCAGGUCUCAAUUGUUUCUGGUGGAGGUGCGGGACAUGAACCGUCCUUUGCAGCCUUGGUCGGACCUGGUAUCUUGUCUGGAGCUGUCUCUGGAACCAUCUUUGCCUCGCCCUCGGCAGAGCAGGUCAGAAGAUGUCUUCUGAGUCGUAUCGACACAGCAAAAGGGGUUCUGGUCGUCGUCUUGAGCUACACAGGUGACAUCUUGAACUUUGGAAUGGCAGUCGAGAAAGCCAGAGCGACAGGAGUCGAUAUCGAGAUGCUCGUUGUAGGCGACGACGCUGGUGUGCCCAGAUCGAAGGGUGGUAAGGUCGGUAGAAGAGGCAUUGCAGGGACAGUCCUUGUGCAAAAGAUCGCUGGAGCACUAGCCGCUACUGGAGCACCUCUCAAAGACGUACACCAUGUCGCCAAGUUGGCUGCUGACAACGUCGUAUCCAUUGGAUCUUCUCUCUCACACGUUCACGUUCCUGGUCGCAAGGUCGCCGAAGCUGGCGAAGACGAGCUCACUUUCGAGGAGGUCGAGAUUGGAAUGGGUAUCCACAACGAAGCAGGCUCCGAAAGAACGAAAGCAGAUCUCCCCGACUUGGUCGAACAGAUGCUAGCACACAUGCUUGACGAGGAAGACAAGGAACGUGGUUUCCUCAAAGUCUCCAGCGAAGAUGAGACAGUGGUCUUGAUCAACAACCUCGGUGGUGUCAGUGUACUUGAGAUGGGUGGUAUCGCCACCGAGGUUUUGGACCAGCUCAAGAAGCACUACAGCAUCAGGCCCGUCAGAGUGCUUGUUGGCACUUUCAUGACCAGUCUGAACGGCAUUGGCUUCAGCAUUUCCUUGCUCAAGCUGCAGGACACUGGCUUAGACAAGUCUAUGUUGCAAUUACUUGACGCUCCUUCAGAAGUCACUGGCUGGUCUACGCCGGUCAGCACUUCAACCUGGGAGAACAAGUCAAAUGCAGCAGAUCGUAGGAAGACUGCCAUAGUUGACGGCCAGCAAGAGAUAUCUAGCAACCUCACACUUGAUAAUGGAGAGGCCAAGAGAGUGCUUAGGGCUGGUUUGGAGCGGGUGAUUGCCGCUGAGCCAGAUGUCACCCACUACGACACUAUCGUCGGUGAUGGUGAUUGCGGUAUAGGUCUCAAGCGUGGUGCAGAAUCGGUGCUCCAGCUCAUUGACUCUAAGCUUGACACAACGGACGCCGCCAUAUUCCUGGGUCGUAUCAUCUCAGUAAUUGAGACGUCAAUGGACGGAACCAGUGGAGCCAUCUACGCCAUUUUCUUGAACGCUUUAGCUGCUGGUCUGCUAUCUCAGUCGCCAGAAUCUGGAAAGAAAGAGGUAACCACCGAGGUUUGGGCCAAGGCGGCUAAGCAGGCUCUGGAAGGUCUUGGAAAAUACACGCCGGCCAGACCUGGUGACAGAACUCUAGUAGACGCCUUGGAGCCUUUCAUCGAGCAGCUGGUAGCUACGAACGAUCUGAAGAAGGCGGCCCAGGCAGCCAAGAAAGGAUCAGAUGCAACUAAGGGAAUGAAGGCCAGUCUCGGAAGAUCUGUGUAUGUUGGCAAUGAGGGCUUCAAAGAAGUACCCGACCCUGGCGCCUAUGGCCUUGCGGAGCUCUUGACUGGUCUUGCUGAGGCUUGA